AUGCUGUUGCAGUGCAGUCUCAUCAGAAAAUCAGAAACAGCUGCGCAGAAGCGGCUGCGCAGGAACAGCUGCGCAGAAGCGGCUGCGCAGAAGCGGCUGCGCAGAAGCGGCUGCGCAGAAGCGGCUGCGCAGAAGCGGCUGCGCAGAAACGGCUGCGCAGAAGCGGCUGCGCAGAAGCGGCUGCGCAGAAGCGGCUGCGCAGAAGCGGCUGCGCACAAGCGGCUGCGCACAAGCGGCUGCGCACAAGCGGCUGCGCAGAAGCGGCUGCGCAGAAGCGGCUGCGCAGAAGCGGCUGCGCAGAAGCGGCUGCGCAGAAGCGGCUGCGCAGAAGCGGCUGCGCAGAAGCGGCUGCGCAGAAGCGGCUGCGCAGAAGCGGCUGCGCAGAAGCGGCUGCGCAGAAGCGCCUGCGCAGAAGCGGCUGCGCAGAAGCGGCUGCGCAGAAGCGGCUGCGCAGAAACGGCUGCGCAGAAACGGCUGCGCAGAAACGGCUGCGCAGAAACGGCUGCGCAGAAACGGCUGCGCAGCAGCGGCUGCGCAGAAGCGGCUGCGCAGAAGCGGCUGCGCAGAAGCGGCUGCGCAGAAGCGGCUGCGCAGAAGCGGCUGCGCAGAAGCGGCUGCGCAGAAGCGGCUGCGCAGAAACGGCUGCGCAGAUGCAGCUGCGCAGAAACAGCUGCGCAGAAACAGCUGCGCAGAAACAGCUGCGCAGAAGCGGCUGCGCAGAAGCGGCUGCGCAGAAGCGGCUGCGCAGAAGCGGCUGCGCUGAAGCGGCUGCGCAGAUGCAGCUGCGCAGAAACAGCUGCGCAGAAACAGCUGCGCAGAAACAGCUGCGCAGAAACAACUGCGCAGAAGCGGCUGCGCAGAAGCGGCUGCGCAGAAGCGGCUGCGCAGAAGCGGCUGCGCAGAAGCGGCUGCGCAGAAGCGGCUGCGCGGAAGCGGCUGCGCGGAAGCGGCUGCGCGGAAACGGCUGCGCGGAAACGGCUGCGCGGAAACGGCUGCGCGGAAGCGGCUGCGCGGAAGCGGCUGCGCGGAAGCGGCUGCGCGGAAGCGGCUGCGCGGAAGCGGCUGCGCAGAAGCGGCUGCGCAGAAGCGGCUGCGCAGAAGCGGCUGCGCAGAAGCGGCUGCGCAGAAGCGGCUGCGCAGAAGCGGCUGCGCAGAAGCGGCUGCGCAGAAACGGCUGCGCAGAAACGGCUGCGCAGAAACUGCUGCGCAGAAACUGCUGCGCAGAAACAGCUGCGCAGGAACAGCUGCGCAGGAACAGCUGCGCAGGAACAGCUGCGCAGGAACAGCUGCGCAGAAACAGCUGCGCAGAAACAGCUGCGCAGGAACAGCUGCGCAGGAACAGCUGCGCAGGAACAGCUGCGCAGGAACAGCUGCGCAGAAACUGCUGCGCAGAAACUGCUGCGCAGAAACAGCUGCGCAGAAACAGCUGCGCAGGAACAGCUGCGCAGGAACAGCUGCGCAGGAACAGCUGCGCAGGAACAGCUGCGCAGGAACAGCUGCGCAGGAACAGCUGCGCAGGAACAGCUGCGCAGGAACAGCUGCGCAGCAACAGCUGCGCAGAAACAGCUGCGCAGGAACAGCUGCGCAGAAACAGCUGCGCAGGAACAGCUGCGCAGGAACGGCUGCGCAGAAACGGCUGCGCAGAAACGGCUGCGCAGAAACGGCAGCGCAGAAACGGCUGCGCAGAAACGGCUGCGCAGAAACGGCUGCGCAGAAGCAGCUGCGCAGAAGCAGCUGCGCAGAAGCAGCUGCGCAGAAGCAGCUGCGCAGAAGCAGCUGCGCAGAAGCAGCUGCGCAGAAGCAGCUGCGCAGAAGCAGCUGCGCAGAAGCAGCUGCGCAGAAACAGCUGCGCAGAAACAGCUGCGCAGGAACAGCUGCGCAGGAACAGCUGCGCAGGAACAGCUGCGCAGGAACAGCUGCGCAGGAACAGCUGCGCAGGAACAGCUGCGCAGGAACAGCUGCGCAGGAACAGCUGCGCAGGAACAGCUGCGCAGGAACAGCUGCGCAGAAACAGCUGCGCAGGAACAGCUGCGCAGAAACAGCUGCGCUGGAACAGCUGCGCAGGAACAGCUGCGCAGGAACAGCUGCGCAGGAACAGCUGCGCAGAAACAGCUGCGCAGAAACAGCUGCGCAGAAACAGCUGCGCAGGAACAGCUGCGCAGGAACAGCUGCGCAGGAACAGCUGCGCAGGAACAGCUGCGCAGAAACUGCUGCGCAGAAACUGCUGCGCAGAAACAGCUGCGCAGAAACAGCUGCGCAGGAACAGCUGCGCAGGAACAGCUGCGCAGGAACAGCUGCGCAGGAACAGCUGCGCAGAAACAGCUGCGCAGAAACAGCUGCGCAGAAACAGCUGCGCAGGAACAGCUGCGCAGAAACAGCUGCGCAGGAACAGCUGCGCAGAAACAACUGCGCAGAAACAACUGCGCAGAAACAGCUGCGCAGGAACAGCUGCGCAGAAACAGCUGCGCAGAAACAGCUGCGCAGAAACAGCUUCGCAGAAACAGCUGCGCAGAAACAGCUGCGCAGGAACAGCUGCGCAGGAACAGCUGCGCAGGAACAGCUGCGCAGAAACAGCUGCGCAGAAACAGCUGCGCAGGAACAGCUGCGCAGGAACAGCUGCGCAGAAACAGCUGUGCAGGAACAGCUGCGCAGAAACAGCUGCGCAGAAACAGCUGCGCAGAAACAGCUGCGCAGAAACAGCUGCGCAGAAACAGCUGCGCAGAAACAGCUGCGCAGAAACAGCUGCGCAGGAACAGCUGCGCAGAAACAGCUGCGCAGGAACAGCUGCGCAGGAACAGCUGCGCAGGAACAGCUGCGCAGGAACAGGUGCGCAGGAACAGGUGCGCAGGAACAGGUGCGGAGGAACAGGUGCGCAGGAACAGCUGCGCAGGAACAGGUGCGCAGGAACAGCUGCGCAGGAACAGCUGCGCAGGAACAGCUGCGCAGGAACAGCUGCGCAGAAACUGCUGCGCAGAAACUGCUGCGCAGAAACUGCUGCGCAGAAACAGCUGCGCAGGAACAGCUGCGCAGGAACAGCUGCGCAGAAACUGCUGCGCAGAAACUGCUGCGCAGAAACUGCUGCGCAGAAACUGCUGCGCAGAAACAGCUGCGCAGAAACAGCUGCGCAGGAACAGCUGCGCAGGAACAGCUGCGCAGGAACAGCUGCGCAGGAACAGCUGCGCAGAAACAGCUGCGCAGAAACAGCUGCGCAGGAACAGCUGCGCAGGAACAGCUGCGCAGGAACAGCUGCGCAGGAACAGCUGCGCAGAAACUGCUGCGCAGAAACUGCUGCGCAGAAACUGCUGCGCAGAAACAGCUGCGCAGAAACAGCUGCGCAGGAACAGCUGCGCAGGAACAGCUGCGCAGGAACAGCUGCGCAGGAACAGCUGCGCAGGAACAGCUGCGCAGGAACAGCUGCGCAGGAACAGCUGCGCAGGAACAGCUGCGCAGAAACAGCUGCGCAGGAACAGCUGCGCAGAAACAUCUGCGCAGGAACAGCUGCGCAGAAACAACUGCGCAGAAACAACUGCGCAGAAACAGCUGCGCAGAAACAGCUGCGCAGAAACAGCUUCGCAGAAACAGCUGCGCAGAAACAGCUGCGCAGAAACAGCUGCGCAGGAACAGCUGCGCAGGAACAGCUGCGCAGAAACAGCUGCGCAGAAACAGCUGCGCAGGAACAGCUGCGCAGAAACAGCUGCGCAGAAACAGCUGCGCAGGAACAGCUGCGCAGAAACAGCUGCGCAGAAACAGCUGCGCAGAAACAGCUGCGCAGAAACAGCUGCGCAGAAACAGCUGCGCAGAAACAGCUGCGCAGAAACAGCUGCGCAGGAACAGCUGCGCAGAAACAGCUGCGCAGGAGCAGCUGCGCAGGAACAGCUGCGCAGGAACAGCUGCGCAGGAACAGCUGCGCAGGAACAGCUGCGCAGGAACAGGUGCGCAGGAACAGGUGCGCAGGAACAGGUGCGGAGGAACAGGUGCGCAGGAACAGCUGCGCAGGAACAGGUGCGCAGGAGCAGGUGCGCAGGAACAGCUGCGCAGGAACAGCUGCGCAGGAACAGCUGCGCAGGAACAGGUGCGCAGGAACAGGUGCGCAGGAACAGCUGCGCAGAAACAGCUGCGCAGAAACAGCUGCGCAGAAACAGCUGCGCAGAAACAGCUGCGCAGAAACAGCUCCGCAGAGACAGCUGCGCAGAGACAGCUGCGCAGAGACAGCUGCGCAGAGACAUCUGCGCAGUUACAGCUGCGCAGAAACAGCUGCGCAGAAACAGCUGCGCAGAAACAGCUGCGCAGAAACAGCUGCGCAGAAACAGCUGCGCAGAAACAGCUGCGCAGAAACAGCUGCGCAGAAAUAGCUGCGCAGAAACAGAUGCGAAGAAACAGCUGCGCAGAAACAGCUGCGCAGAAACAGCUGCGCAGAAACAGCGGCGCAGAAACAGCGGCGCAGAAACAGCUGCGCAGGAACAGCUGCGCAGGAACAGCUGCGCAGAAACAGCUGCGCAGAAACAGCUGCGCAGGAACAGCUGCGCAGAAACAGCUGCGCAGAAACAGCUGCGCAGAAACAGCUGCGCAGAAACAGCUACGCAGGAACAGCUGCGCAGGAACAGCUGCGCAGAAACAGCUGCGCAGAAACAGCUGCGCAGAAACAGCUGCGCAGAAACAGCUUCGCAGAAACAGCUGCGCAGGAACAGCUACGCAGAAACAGCUGCGCAGAAACAGCUGCGCAGAAACAGCUGCGCAGAAACAGCUGCGCAGAAACAGCUGCGCAGAAACAGCUGCGCAGAAACAGCUGCGCAGAGACAGCUGCGCAGAGACAGCUGCGCAGAAACAGCUGCGAAGAAACAGCUGCGCAGAAACAGCUGCGCAGAAACAGCUGCGCAGAAAAAGCUGCGCAGAAACAGCUGCGCAGAAACAGCUGCGCAGAAACAGCUGCGCAGAAACAGCUGCGCAGAAACAGCUGCGCAGAAACAGCUGCGCAGAAACAGCGGCGCAGAAACAGCGGCGCAGAAACACUCUAUAGCCUCCGGUUACAGGAGCCUGCGCGGAGACGGCUGCGCAGAAGCGGCUGCGCGGAAGCGGCUGCGCGGAAGCGGCUGCGCGGAAACGGCUGCGCGGAAACGGCUGCGCGGAAACGGCUGCGCGGAAACGGCUGCGCGAGAACAGCUGCGCGAGAACAGGUGCGCGGGAACAGCUGCGCGGGAACAGCUGCGCAGGAACAGCUGCGCAGGAACAGCUGCGCAGGAACAGCUGCGCAGGAACAGGUGCGCAAAAACAGGUGCGCAGGAACAGGUGCGCAGGAACAGCUGCGCAGGAACAGCUGCGCAGAAACAGCUGCGCAGAAACAGCUGCGCAGAAACAGCUUCGCAGAAACAGCUGCGCUGGAACGGCUGCGCAGAAACGGCUGCGCAGAAACGGCUGCGCAGAAACGGCUGCGCAGAAACGGCUGCGCAGAAACGGCUGCGCAGAAACGGCUGCGCAGAAACGGCUGCGCAGAAAAGGCUGCGCAGAAACGGCUGCGCAGAAACAGCUGCGCAGAAACAGCUGCGCAGAAGCAGCUGCGCAGAAGCAGCUGCGCAGAAGCAGCUGCGCAGAAGCAGCUGCGCAGAGGCAGCUGCGCAGAAGCAGCUGCGCAGAAGCAGCUGCGCAGAAGCAGCUGCGCAGAAGCAGCUGCGCAGAAGCAGCUGCGCAGAAGCAGCUGCGCAGAAGCAGCUGCGCAGAAGCAGCUGCGCAGAGGCAGCUGCGCAGAAGCAGCUGCGCAGAAGCAGCUGCGCAGAAGCAGCUGCGCAGAAGCAGCUGCGCAGAAGCAGCUGCGCAGAAGCAGCUGCGCAGAAACAGCUGCGCAGAAACAGCUGCGCAGAUACAGCUGCGCAGAUACAGCUGCGCAGAAACAGCUGCGCAGAAACAGCUGCGCAGAAACAGCUGCGCAGAAACAGCUGCGCAGGAACAGCUGCGCAGGAACAGCUGCGCAGGAACAGCUGCGCAGGAACAGCUGCGCAGGAACAGCUGCGCAGGAACAGCUGCGCAGGAACAGCUGCGCAGGAACAGCUGCGCAGGAACAGCUGCGCAGGAACAGCUGCGCAGGUACAGCUGCGCAGGAACAGCUGCGCAGGAACAGCUGCGCAGAAACAGCUGCGCAGGAACAGCUGCGCAGGAACAGCUGCGCAGGAACAGCUGCGCAGGAACAGCUGCGCAGGUACAACUGCGCAGGAACAGCUGCGCAGGAACAGCUGCGCAGAAACAGCUGCGCAGAAACAGCUGCGCAGAAACAGCUGCGCAGAAACAGCUGCGCAGAAACAGCUGCGCAGGAACAGCUGCGCAGAAACAGCUGCGCAGGAACAGCUGCGCAGGAACAGCUGCGCAGGAACAGCUGCGCAGGAACAGGUGCGCAGGAACAGGUGCGCAGGAACAGGUGCGGAGGAACAGGUGCGCAGGAACAGCUGCGCAGGAACAGGUGCGCAGGAACAGCUGCGCAGGAACAGCUGCGCAGGAACAGCUGCGCAGGAACAGCUGCGCAGAAACUGCUGCGCAGAAACUGCUGCGCAGAAACUGCUGCGCAGAAACAGCUGCGCAGGAACAGCUGCGCAGGAACAGCUGCGCAGAAACUGCUGCGCAGAAACUGCUGCGCAGAAACUGCUGCGCAGAAACUGCUGCGCAGAAACAGCUGCGCAGGAACAGCUGCGCAGGAACAGCUGCGCAGGAACAGCUGCGCAGAAACAGCUGCGCAGGAACAGCUGCGCAGGAACAGCUGCGCAGGAACAGCUGCGCAGGAACAGCUGCGCAGAAACAGCUGCGCAGGAACAGCUGCGCAGAAACAGCUGCGCAGAAACUGCUGCGCAGAAACUGCUGCGCAGAAACAGCUGCGCAGAAACAGCUGCGCAGAAACAGCUGCGCAGGAACAGCUGCGCAGAAACAGCUGCGCAGGAACAGCUGCGCAGGAACAGCUGCGCAGGAACAGCUGCGCAGGAACAGGUGCGCAGGAACAGGUGCGCAGGAACAGGUGCGGAGGAACAGGUGCGCAGGAACAGCUGCGCAGGAACAGGUGCGCAGGAACAGCUGCGCAGGAACAGCUGCGCAGGAACAGCUGCGCAGGAACAGCUGCGCAGAAACUGCUGCGCAGAAACUGCUGCGCAGAAACUGCUGCGCAGAAACAGCUGCGCAGAAACAGCUGCGCGGGAACAGCUGCGCAGAAACUGCUGCGCAGAAACUGCUGCGCAGAAACUGCUGCGCAGAAACUGCUGCGCAGAAACAGCUGCGCAGGAACAGCUGCGCAGGAACAGCUGCGCAGGAACAGCUGCGCAGGAACAGCUGCGCAGGAACAGUUGCGCAGGAGCAGCUGCGCAGGAACAGCUGCGCAGGAACAGCUGCGCAGAAACAGCUGCGCAGGAACAGCUGCGCAGAAACAGCUGCGCAGAAACAGCUGCGCAGGAACAGCUGCGCAGGAACAGCUGCGCAGGAACAGCUGCGCAGGAACAGCUGCGCAGAAACAGCUGCGCAGAAACAGCUGCGCAGAAACAGCUGCGCAGGAACAGCUGCGCAGGAACAGCUGCGCAGGAACAGCUGCGCAGAAACUGCUGCGCAGAAACUGCUGCGCAGAAACAGCUGCGCAGAAACAGCUGCGCAGGAACAGCUGCGCAGAAACAGCUGCGCAGAAACAGCUGCGCAGAAACAGCUUCGCAGAAACAGCUGCGCAGAAACAGCUGCGCAGAAACAGCUGCGCAGGAACAGCUGCGCAGAAACAGCUGCGCAGAAACAGCUGCGCAGGAACAGCUGCGCAGGAACAGCUGCGCAGGAACAGCUGCGCAGAAACAGCUGCGCAGGAACAGCUGCGCAGAAACAGCUGCGCAGGAACAGCUGCGCAGGAACAGCUGCGCAGGAACAGCUGCGCAGGAACAGCUGCGCAGCAACAGCUGCGCAGAAACAGCUGCGCAGAAACAGCUGCGCAGAAACAGCUGCGCAGGAACAGCUGCGCAGGAACAGCUGCGCAGGAACAGCUGCGCAGGAACAGCUGCGCAGGAACAGCUGCGCAGGAACAGCUGCGCAGGAACAGCUGCGCAGGUACAGCUGCGCAGGAACAGCUGCGCAGGAACAGCUGCGCAGGAACAGCUGCGCAGGAACAGCUGCGCAGGUACAGCUGCGCAGGAACAGUUGCGCAGGAGCAGCUGCGCAGGAACAGCUGCGCAGGAACAGCUGCGCAGAAACAGCUGCGCAGGAACAGCUGCGCAGAAACAGCUGCGCAGAAACAGCUGCGCAGGAACAGCUGCGCAGGAACAGCUGCGCAGGAGCAGCUGUGCAGGAACAGCUGCGCAGGAACAGCUGCGCAGGAACAGCUGCGCAGAAACAGCUGCGCAGAAACAGCUGCGCAGAAACAGCUGCGCGGGAACAGCUGCGCAGGAGCAGCUGCGCAGGAACAGCUGCGCAGGAACAGCUGCGCAGGAACAGCUGCGCAGAAACUGCUGCGCAGAAACUGCUGCGCAGAAACAGCUGCGCAGGAACAGCUGCGCAGGAACAGCUGCGCAGGAACAGCUGCGCAGGAACAGCUGCGCAGGAACAGCUGCGCAGGAACAGCUGCGCAGGAACAGCUGCGCUGGAACAGCUGCGCAGAAACAGCUGCGCAGGAACAGCUGCGCAGAAACAGCUGCGCAGGAACAGCUGCGCAGAAACAACUGCGCAGAAACAACUGCGCAGAAACAGCUGCGCAGAAACAGCUGCGCAGAAACAGCUGCGCAGAAACAGCUUCGCAGAAACAGCUGCGCAGAAACAGCUGCGCAGAAACAGCUGCGCAGGAACAGCUGCGCAGAAACAGCUGCGCAGAAACAGCUGCGCAGAAACAGCUGCGCAGAAACAGCUGCGCAGAAACAGCUGCGCAGAAACAGCUGCGCAGAAACAGCUGCGCAGAAACAGCUGCGCAGAAACAGCUGCGCAGAAACAGCUGCGCAGGAACAGCUGCGCAGAAACAGCUGCGCAGGAACAGCUGCGCAGGAACAGCUGCGCAGGAACAGCUGCGCAGGAACAGGUGCGCAGGAACAGGUGCGCAGGAACAGGUGCGGAGGAACAGGUGCGCAGGAACAGCUGCGCAGGAACAGGUGCGCAGGAACAGCUGCGCAGGAACAGCUGCGCAGGAACAGCUGCGCAGGAACAGCUGCGCAGAAACUGCUGCGCAGAAACUGCUGCGCAGAAACUGCUGCGCAGAAACAGCUGCGCAGGAACAGCUGCGCAGGAACAGCUGCGCAGAAACUGCUGCGCAGAAACUGCUGCGCAGAAACUGCUGCGCAGAAACUGCUGCGCAGAAACAGCUGCGCAGGAACAGCUGCGCAGGAACAGCUGCGCAGGAACAGCUGCGCAGGAACAGCUGCGCAGGAACAGCUGCGCAGAAACAGCUGCGCAGAAACAGCUGCGCAGGAACAGCUGCGCAGGAACAGCUGCGCAGGAACAGGUGCGCAGGAACAGGUGCGCAGGAACAGGUGCGCAGGAACAGGUGCGCAGGAACAGCUGCGCAGAAACAGCUGCGCAGAAACAGCUGCGCAGAAACAGCUGCGCAGAAACAGCUGCGCAGAAACAGCUGCGCAGAAACAGCUGCGCAGAAACAGCUGCGCAGAAACAGCUGCGCAGAAACAGCUCCGCAGAGACAGCUGCGCAGAGACAGCUGCGCAGAGACAGCUGCGCAGAGACAUCUGCGCAGUUACAGCUGCGCAGAAACAGCUGCGCAGAAACAGCUGCGCAGAAACAGCUGCGCAGAAACAGCUGCGCAGAAACAGCUGCGCAGAAACAGCUGCGCAGAAACAGCUGCGCAGAAACAGCUGUGCAGAAAUAGCUGCGCAGAAACAGAUGCGAAGAAACAGCUGCGCAGAAACAGCUGCGCAGAAACAGCUGCGCAGAAACAGCGGCGCAGAAACAGCGGCGCAGAAACAGCUGCGCAGGAACAGCUGCGCAGGAACAGCUGCGCAGAAACAGCUGCGCAGAAACAGCUGCGCAGGAACAGCUGCGCAGAAACAGCUGCGCAGAAACAGCUGCGCAGAAACAGCUGCGCAGAAACAGCUACGCAGGAACAGCUGCGCAGGAACAGCUGCGCAGAAACAGCUGCGCAGAAACAGCUGCGCAGAAACAGCUGCGCAGAAACAGCUUCGCAGAAACAGCUGCGCAGGAACAGCUACGCAGAAACAGCUGCGCAGAAACAGCUGCGCAGAAACAGCUGCGCAGAAACAGCUGCGCAGAAACAGCUGCGCAGAAACAGCUGCGCAGAAACAGCUGCGCAGAAACAGCUGCGCAGAGACAGCUGCGCAGAGACAGCUGCGCAGAAACAGCUGCGAAGAAACAGCUGCGCAGAAACAGCUGCGCAGAAACAGCUGCGCAGAAAAAGCUGCGCAGAAACAGCUGCGCAGAAACAGCUGCGCAGAAACAGCUGCGCAGAAACAGCUGCGCAGAAACAGCUGCGCAGAAACAGCUGCGCAGAAACAGCGGCGCAGAAACAGCGGCGCAGAAACACUCUAUAGCCUCCGGUUACAGGAGCGUACCUCCAUGUUCAAUGUUUUUUGGGCAGUUGAACAUCUGCGCGGAGACGGCUGCGCAGAAGCGGCUGCGCGGAAGCGGCUGCGCGGAAACGGCUGCGCGGAAACGGCUGCGCGGAAACGGCUGCGCGGAAACGGCUGCGCGAGAACAGCUGCGCGAGAACAGGUGCGCGGGAACAGCUGCGCGGGAACAGCUGCGCAGGAACAGCUGCGCAGGAACAGCUGCGCAGGAACAGCUGCGCAGGAACAGGUGCGCAAAAACAGGUGCGCAGGAACAGGUGCGCAGGAACAGCUGCGCAGGAACAGCUGCGCAGAAACAGCUGCGCAGAAACAGCUGCGCAGAAACAGCUUCGCAGAAACAGCUGCGCUGGAACGGCUGCGCAGAAACGGCUGCGCAGAAACGGCUGCGCAGAAACGGCUGCGCAGAAACGGCUGCGCAGAAACGGCUGCGCAGAAACGGCUGCGCAGAAAAGGCUGCGCAGAAACGGCUGCGCAGAAACAGCUGCGCAGAAACAGCUGCGCAGAAGCAGCUGCGCAGAAGCAGCUGCGCAGAAGCAGCUGCGCAGAAGCAGCUGCGCAGAGGCAGCUGCGCAGAAGCAGCUGCGCAGAAGCAGCUGCGCAGAAGCAGCUGCGCAGAAGCAGCUGCGCAGAAGCAGCUGCGCAGAAGCAGCUGCGCAGAAGCAGCUGCGCAGAAGCAGCUGCGCAGAAGCAGCUGCGCAGAAGCAGCUGCGCAGAAGCAGCUGCGCAGAAGCAGCUGCGCAGAAGCAGCUGCGCAGAAGCAGCUGCGCAGAAACAGCUGCGCAGAAACAGCUGCGCAGAAACAGCUGCGCAGAUACAGCUGCGCAGAAACAGCUGCGCAGAAACAGCUGCGCAGAAACAGCUGCGCAGAAACAGCUGCGCAGGAACAGCUGCGCAGGAACAGCUGCGCAGGAACAGCUGCGCAGGAACAGCUGCGCAGGAACAGCUGCGCAGGAACAGCUGCGCAGGAACAGCUGCGCAGGAACAGCUGCGCAGGAACAGCUGCGCAGGUACAGCUGCGCAGGAACAGCUGCGCAGGAACAGCUGCGCAGAAACAGCUGCGCAGGAACAGCUGCGCAGGAACAGCUGCGCAGGAACAGCUGCGCAGGAACAGCUGCGCAGGUACAGCUGCGCAGGAACAGCUGCGCAGGAACAGCUGCGCAGAAACAGCUGCGCAGAAACAGCUGCGCAGAAACAGCUGCGCAGAAACAGCUGCGCAGAAACAGCUGCGCAGGAACAGCUGCGCAGAAACAGCUGCGCAGGAACAGCUGCGCAGGAACAGCUGCGCAGGAACAGCUGCGCAGGAACAGGUGCGCAGGAACAGGUGCGCAGGAACAGGUGCGGAGGAACAGGUGCGCAGGAACAGCUGCGCAGGAACAGGUGCGCAGGAACAGCUGCGCAGGAACAGCUGCGCAGGAACAGCUGCGCAGGAACAGCUGCGCAGAAACUGCUGCGCAGAAACUGCUGCGCAGAAACUGCUGCGCAGAAACAGCUGCGCAGGAACAGCUGCGCAGGAACAGCUGCGCAGAAACUGCUGCGCAGAAACUGCUGCGCAGAAACUGCUGCGCAGAAACAGCUGCGCAGGAACAGCUGCGCAGGAACAGCUGCGCAGAAACAGCUGCGCAGGAACAGCUGCGCAGGAACAGCUGCGCAGGAACAGCUGCGCAGGAACAGCUGCGCAGAAACAGCUGCGCAGGAACAGCUGCGCAGAAACAGCUGCGCAGAAACUGCUGCGCAGAAACUGCUGCGCAGAAACAGCUGCGCAGAAACAGCUGCGCAGAAACAGCUGCGCAGGAACAGCUGCGCAGAAACAGCUGCGCAGGAACAGCUGCGCAGGAACAGCUGCGCAGGAACAGCUGCGCAGGAACAGGUGCGCAGGAACAGGUGCGCAGGAACAGGUGCGGAGGAACAGGUGCGCAGGAACAGCUGCGCAGGAACAGGUGCGCAGGAACAGCUGCGCAGGAACAGCUGCGCAGGAACAGCUGCGCAGGAACAGCUGCGCAGAAACUGCUGCGCAGAAACUGCUGCGCAGAAACUGCUGCGCAGAAACAGCUGCGCAGAAACAGCUGCGCAGGAACAGCUGCGCAGAAACUGCUGCGCAGAAACUGCUGCGCAGAAACUGCUGCGCAGAAACAGCUGCGCAGGAACAGCUGCGCAGGAACAGCUGCGCAGGAACAGCUGCGCAGGAACAGCUGCGCAGGAACAGUUGCGCAGGAGCAGCUGCGCAGGAACAGCUGCGCAGGAACAGCUGCGCAGAAACAGCUGCGCAGGAACAGCUGCGCAGAAACAGCUGCGCAGAAACAGCUGCGCAGGAACAGCUGCGCAGGAACAGCUGCGCAGGAACAGCUGCGCAGGAACAGCUGCGCAGAAACAGCUGCGCAGAAACAGCUGCGCAGAAACAGCUGCGCAGGAACAGCUGCGCAGGAACAGCUGCGCAGGAACAGCUGCGCAGGAACAGCUGCGCAGAAACUGCUGCGCAGAAACUGCUGCGCAGAAACAGCUGCGCAGAAACAGCUGCGCAGGAACAGCUGCGCAGAAACAGCUGCGCAGAAACAGCUUCGCAGAAACAGCUGCGCAGAAACAGCUGCGCAGAAACAGCUGCGCAGGAACAGCUGCGCAGAAACAGCUGCGCAGAAACAGCUGCGCAGGAACAGCUGCGCAGGAACAGCUGCGCAGGAACAGCUGCGCAGAAACAGCUGCGCAGGAACAGCUGCGCAGAAACAGCUGCGCAGGAACAGCUGCGCAGGAACAGCUGCGCAGGAACAGCUGCGCAGGAACAGCUGCGCAGAAACAGCUGCGCAGAAACAGCUGCGCAGAAACAGCUGCGCAGAAACAGCUGCGCAGGAACAGCUGCGCAGGAACAGCUGCGCAGGAACAGCUGCGCAGGAACAGCUGCGCAGGAACAGCUGCGCAGGAACAGCUGCGCAGGAACAGCUGCGCAGGUACAGCUGCGCAGGAACAGCUGCGCAGGAACAGCUGCGCAGGAACAGCUGCGCAGGAACAGCUGCGCAGGUACAGCUGCGCAGGAACAGUUGCGCAGGAGCAGCUGCGCAGGAACAGCUGCGCAGGAACAGCUGCGCAGAAACAGCUGCGCAGGAACAGCUGCGCAGAAACAGCUGCGCAGAAACAGCUGCGCAGGAACAGCUGCGCAGGAACAGCUGCGCAGGAGCAGCUGUGCAGGAACAGCUGCGCAGGAACAGCUGCGCAGGAACAGCUGCGCAGAAACAGCUGCGCAGAAACAGCUGCGCAGAAACAGCUGCGCGGGAACAGCUGCGCAGGAACAGCUGCGCAGGAACAGCUGCGCAGGAACAGCUGCGCAGGAACAGCUGCGCAGAAACUGCUGCGCAGAAACUGCUGCGCAGAAACAGCUGCGCAGGAACAGCUGCGCAGGAACAGCUGCGCAGGAACAGCUGCGCAGGAACAGCUGCGCAGGAACAGCUGCGCAGGAACAGCUGCGCUGGAACAGCUGCGCAGAAACAGCUGCGCAGGAACAGCUGCGCAGAAACAGCUGCGCAGGAACAGCUGCGCAGAAACAACUGCGCAGAAACAACUGCGCAGAAACAGCUGCGCAGAAACAGCUGCGCAGAAACAGCUGCGCAGAAACAGCUUCGCAGAAACAGCUGCGCAGAAACAGCUGCGCAGAAACAGCUGCGCAGGAACAGCUGCGCAGAAACAGCUGCGCAGAAACAGCUGCGCAGAAACAGCUGCGCAGAAACAGCUGCGCAGAAACAGCUGCGCAGAAACAGCUGCGCAGAAACAGCUGCGCAGGAACAGCUGCGCAGAAACAGCUGCGCAGGAGCAGCUGCGCAUGAACAGCUGCGCAGGAACAGCUGCGCAGGAACAGCUGCGCAGGAACAGCUGCGCAGGAACAGGUGCGCAGGAACAGGUGCGCAGGAACAGGUGCGGAGGAACAGGUGCGCAGGAACAGCUGCGCAGGAACAGGUGCGCAGGAGCAGGUGCGCAGGAACAGCUGCGCAGGAACAGCUGCGCAGGAACAGCUGCGCAGGAACAGCUGCGCAGGAACAGGUGCGCAGGAACAGGUGCGCAGGAACAUUUGCGCAGGAACAGGUGCGCAGAAACAGCUGCGCAGAAACAGCUGCGCAGAAACAGCUGCGCAGAAACAGCUGCGCAGAAACAGCUGCGCAGAAACAGCUGCGCAGAAACAGCUGCGCAGAAACAGCUGCGCAGAAACAGCUCCGCAGAAACAGCUGCGCAGAGACAGCUGCGCAGAGACAGCUGCGCAGAGACAUCUGCGCAGUUACAGCUGUGCAUAAACAGCUGCGCAGAAACAGCUGCGCAGAAACAGCUGCGCAGAAACAGCUGCGCAGAAACAGCUGCGCAGAAACAGCUGCGCAGAAACAGCUGCGCAGAAACAGCUGCGCAGAAACAGCUGCGCAGAAACAGCUGCGCAGAAACAGAUGCGAAGAAACAGCUGCGCAGAAACAGCGGCGCAGAAACAGCGGCGCAGAAACAGCGGCGCAGAAACAGCUGCGCAGGAACAGCUGCGCAGGAACAGCUGCGCAGAAACAGCUGCGCAGAAACAGCUGCGCAGGAACAGCUGCGCAGAAACAGCUGCGCAGAAACAGCUGCACAGAAACAGCUGCGCAGGAACAGCUGCGCAGGAACAGCUGCGCAGAAACAGCUGCGCAGAAACAGCUGCGCAGAAACAGCUGCGCAGAAACAGCUGCGCAGAAACAGCUGCGCAGGAACAGCUGCGCAGAAACAGCUGCGCAGAAACAGCUGCGCAGAAACAGCUGCGCAGAAACAGCUGCGCAGAAACAGCUGCGCAGAAACAGCUGCGCAGAAACAGCUGCGCAGAGACAGCUGCGCAGAAACAGCUGCGAAGAAACAGGUUCGCAGAAACAGCUGCGCAGAAACAGCUGCGCAGAAAAAGCUGCGCAGAAACAGCUGCGCAGAAACAGCUGCGCAGAAACAGCUGCGCAGAAACGGCUGCGCAGGAACGGCUGCGCAGGAACGGCUGCGCAGGAACGGCUGCGCAGAAACGGCUGCGCAGAAACGGCUGCGCAGAAACGGCAGCGCAGAAACGGCUGCGCAGAAACGGCUGCGCAGAAACGGCUGCGCAGAAGCAGCUGCGCAGAAGCAGCUGCGCAGAAGCAGCUGCGCAGAAGCAGCUGCGCAGAAGCAGCUGCGCAGAAGCAGCUGCGCAGAAGCAGCUGCGCAGAAGCAGCUGCGCAGAAGCAGCUGCGCAGAAACAGCUGCGCAGGAACAGCUGCGCAGGAACAGCUGCGCAGGAACAGCUGCGCAGGAACAGCUGCGCAGGAACAGCUGCGCAGGAACAGCUGCGCAGGAACAGCUGCGCAGGAACAGCUGCGCAGGAACAGCUGCGCAGGAACAGCUGCGCAGAAACAGCUGCGCAGGAACAGCUGCGCAGAAACAGCUGCGCUGGAACAGCUGCGCAGGAACAGCUGCGCAGGAACAGCUGCGCAGGAACAGCUGCGCAGAAACAGCUGCGCAGAAACAGCUGCGCAGAAACAGCUGCGCAGGAACAGCUGCGCAGGAACAGCUGCGCAGGAACAGCUGCGCAGGAACAGCUGCGCAGAAACUGCUGCGCAGAAACUGCUGCGCAGAAACAGCUGCGCAGAAACAGCUGCGCAGGAACAGCUGCGCAGGAACAGCUGCGCAGGAACAGCUGCGCAGGAACAGCUGCGCAGAAACAGCUGCGCAGAAACAGCUGCGCAGAAACAGCUGCGCAGGAACAGCUGCGCAGAAACAGCUGCGCAGGAACAGCUGCGCAGAAACAACUGCGCAGAAACAACUGCGCAGAAACAGCUGCGCAGGAACAGCUGCGCAGAAACAGCUGCGCAGAAACAGCUGCGCAGAAACAGCUUCGCAGAAACAGCUGCGCAGAAACAGCUGCGCAGGAACAGCUGCGCAGGAACAGCUGCGCAGGAACAGCUGCGCAGAAACAGCUGCGCAGAAACAGCUGCGCAGGAACAGCUGCGCAGGAACAGCUGCGCAGAAACAGCUGUGCAGGAACAGCUGCGCAGAAACAGCUGCGCAGAAACAGCUGCGCAGAAACAGCUGCGCAGAAACAGCUGCGCAGAAACAGCUGCGCAGAAACAGCUGCGCAGAAACAGCUGCGCAGGAACAGCUGCGCAGAAACAGCUGCGCAGGAACAGCUGCGCAGGAACAGCUGCGCAGGAACAGCUGCGCAGGAACAGGUGCGCAGGAACAGGUGCGCAGGAACAGGUGCGGAGGAACAGGUGCGCAGGAACAGCUGCGCAGGAACAGGUGCGCAGGAACAGCUGCGCAGGAACAGCUGCGCAGGAACAGCUGCGCAGGAACAGCUGCGCAGAAACUGCUGCGCAGAAACUGCUGCGCAGAAACUGCUGCGCAGAAACAGCUGCGCAGGAACAGCUGCGCAGGAACAGCUGCGCAGAAACUGCUGCGCAGAAACUGCUGCGCAGAAACUGCUGCGCAGAAACUGCUGCGCAGAAACAGCUGCGCAGGAACAGCUGCGCAGGAACAGCUGCGCAGGAACAGCUGCGCAGGAACAGCUGCGCAGGAACAGCUGCGCAGAAACAGCUGCGCAGAAACAGCUGCGCAGGAACAGCUGCGCAGGAACAGCUGCGCAGGAACAGCUGCGCAGGAACAGCUGCGCAGAAACUGCUGCGCAGAAACUGCUGCGCAGAAACUGCUGCGCAGAAACAGCUGCGCAGAAACAGCUGCGCAGGAACAGCUGCGCAGGAACAGCUGCGCACGAACAGCUGCGCAGGAACAGCUGCGCAGGAACAGCUGCGCAGGAACAGCUGCGCAGGAACAGCUGCGCAGGAACAGCUGCGCAGAAACAGCUGCGCAGGAACAGCUGCGCAGAAACAUCUGCGCAGGAACAGCUGCGCAGAAACAACUGCGCAGAAACAACUGCGCAGAAACAGCUGCGCAGAAACAGCUGCGCAGAAACAGCUGCGCAGAAACAGCUUCGCAGAAACAGCUGCGCAGAAACAGCUGCGCAGAAACAGCUGCGCAGGAACAGCUGCGCAGGAACAGCUGCGCAGAAACAGCUGCGCAGAAACAGCUGCGCAGGAACAGCUGCGCAGAAACAGCUGCGCAGAAACAGCUGCGCAGGAACAGCUGCGCAGAAACAGCUGCGCAGAAACAGCUGCGCAGAAACAGCUGCGCAGAAACAGCUGCGCAGAAACAGCUGCGCAGAAACAGCUGCGCAGAAACAGCUGCGCAGGAACAGCUGCGCAGAAACAGCUGCGCAGGAGCAGCUGCGCAGGAACAGCUGCGCAGGAACAGCUGCGCAGGAACAGCUGCGCAGGAACAGCUGCGCAGGAACAGGUGCGCAGGAACAGGUGCGCAGGAACAGGUGCGCAGGAACAGCUGCGCAGGAACAGGUGCGCAGGAGCAGGUGCGCAGGAACAGCUGCGCAGGAACAGCUGCGCAGGAACAGCUGCGCAGGAACAGGUGCGCAGGAACAGGUGCGCAGGAACAGGUGCGCAGGAACAGCUGCGCAGAAACAGCUGCGCAGAAACAGCUGCGCAGAAACAGCUGCGCAGAAACAGCUGCGCAGAAACAGCUGCGCAGAAACAGCUGCGCAGAAACAGCUGCGCAGAAACAGCUGCGCAGAAACAGCUCCGCAGAGACAGCUGCGCAGAGACAGCUGCGCAGAGACAGCUGCGCAGAGACAUCUGCGCAGUUACAGCUGCGCAGAAACAGCUGCGCAGAAACAGCUGCGCAGAAACAGCUGCGCAGAAACAGCUGCGCAGAAACAGCUGCGCAGAAACAGCUGCGCAGAAACAGCUGCGCAGAAACAGCUGCGCAGAAAUAG